GCAGCCAACCGACGCUUGAAUAUAGAGGAAGAACACCGGAUCUUUCAGGGAAUACUGUUGAAAAAACGCACGAGCUCUUCGGUAAACAUGGGCCGCCACUUCGGAGACUUGGCCAAAAUCAGACAUGUAAUCACAUACAGUCUGUCCCCCUUUGAGCAGAGGGCUUUCCCCAACUACUUCUCCAAGGGAAUCCCCAAUGUGUGGAGACGGGUCACUGCCUCUUUCUUUAAAGUUGCCCCCCCAAUGACUCUCAUGUACCUGACAUACACCUGGGGCAACAGCGUCCACCAGCAGGGCAAGAGGAAGCUUGCAACUGACUAUGAGAAUGACGAGUGAACUCUUGCCACCUUUUGUGAAAGCUCCUCUCUGUUAUUAAUUCAAACUCUGUAGGUUUCACCAAUAAAGAUGAACAUAUUUAUGUGAAA